GUGACCCACGCUAACCGCCAUCUUUCCUUAUCGUAUAAACAGUACGACCGGGCACAAGCGCGAAUUCUUGCCGUAGAAUCGUGGAUUUUCCAGUGUUUUUAAGUGAUUCGCACGCGAAGAUAUGUCCGACGCCAAGACAGAAACCAAGAGCGACAAUAACGUCGAGGAUGCGUCCAAGGUAAGCGGACGGCGGGAACAAUCGACGGAGGAGAAGCCAGCUCCCACUAGAAACAAACGAACUGGAACCAAGAGACUUUCCACCCUCGAAAGAACCGCUCAGGAAGGCGAGGCGCUCUUAAAGGGUAUGAACAAAUCUGUUGGUGAGGUAGAAGGUAGGAGACGCACUCGUAGUUCAGCCAGAGGCCUAACUUCAACACCAGUGCCAUCGCCACCUAAAAAGGAGAAAAAAGAGGCGCCAGUGAGAAGCAGCGGUGGCCGCGGACGUGGUCGUCCCAAGAGGCAAGAGAAAAACAAUGAGAAUAACACGGAUGAGGAAACAUCUAACAAUAAAAGCGAAAAGCACACAGAAGAAGAAUCCACAAAAAUGGAAAUAGACGAAGAAAAAGAGGAAAAAGAAGAGAAAGAGAGCAAAGCGAUACAGAACGAAGACAAAAAUGCCGAGGGUGCGGAUAGUAAAGACAGUAAAGACAAGAAAGAUGCUGAAAAAAUGCCCGAAGCCAACUCUAAAGAAGAGAAAGUAACGGAAGAAUCGGAAAACGUGGAUGAAGCUAAGAGCACCGCUUCUAGUGAAGAGAAAAAACCGGAGGAAGUAAAGGACAGCUCGGAUUCGAGUCAAGAUGCAACGGAUACAACAGCAGAAGCGCCACCUUUAUCCUCGUCAGAAUCCCAGAAUCCUUCCAACACCACUCCCGAGGAAAAUAAAGAAUAACCUUCUUUCGCCUGUUUUACCAUCACUUUUAUGAAAUACCAAGAUGGCGCACAUAUUGGGGUCACACAAAUGCAAUCCCCUUCGUCUAUUUUAAUUAAUUAACGCCUUCUUGUCAAUCGUUGCUUUAAUCAGUGCACUCAGAAUGUCAUUUUUAUUUUAUCGUAAAAUAAUUCAACAUGCAACAGUUUUUGAAAGACAUCAAAUAAAAGGCGUCGCAAAAGUCUACAAUGACACGAUUAGCGCUAAUUCGGUUAAAUCGGUUUUCCUCUACCUAUGUUAUGUACAGAUUUAUAACAAUCUAGGAAGAGACAAACCAAAACCGUUAAUCUAGCAUUAAUCGUCAGUUUAAUUUAAUCUUUUGAGGUCUUUUGCCUUAUUGUUUUACUUUUCUUUCGACGCCAAUGUUCGCAGUAGAUUAUACAAAUUUUUGUUAUUGUAUAUUCGCGUAUA